AUGACGAAACAGAGAUUUGUAUUACUUUUUGGUAGUGAAACGGGACAAUGUAAAUCAAUUGCACAAGGUGUUGUUGAUGUUGCACACGAACAACAAGAUUUAUGCAUUGAUUUAUUUGAACUUGACGAUGUUGAUAAACAAUUUAAAUUAGAAGAAGAACCAGUAAUUGUAAUAAUUACGAGUUCAACGGGCGAUGGUGAACCACCAAGUAAUGCAAGUAAAUUUUGGAGAAAAAUUCGACGAGAAAAAAAUCCAAAAUAUUUAUCACAUAUGAAAUAUACAGUUUUAGGAUUGGGCGAUACAAAUUAUUCGAAUUUUUGUAAUUGUGGUAAAGUACUUGAUCGUCGAUUUGAAGAACUUGGUGCUACAAGAUUUUAUCCAUCGAAUUGGGCCGAUGAUGCUGUUGGAUUGGAGAAAACUGUUGAACCAUGGCUAGAAGGUUUAUGGCCUGAAAUUAAAAAGAUACUACCAUCAAUAACAGAUGAUAAUCCAAUUCUAUCGAAAGAAAAUAUUGGUGAAAAGUUGGAAAAAAGUGAGACUACAUCAACCAAAGACUCAUUAGAAACAUCAAUGAAACAACUGGCAUUGAAAGAAUGUUCAACAAAUACAUCAUUUGUUCAACAUUCAACUCUGUCAAAAGAGCCUAAAACCGAAGAUAAUCUGAAAUAUUCAUCAUUAAUAGCAAAUCAAACAUUAACAUUACCACCUAAACCAGCCUAUUCACUAUGUGUACAGUUAGUAGAACCUAAAGAAGAAGAAGAAGCAUGUAAGAAUAGUUUUUCAACAGAUGCCUAUGUCUUUUGUUCCAAAUUGGUGAAACGCGAGUGCUUAACGCAUGAAGAAGCAUUAAAAUCUGUAAUGUUUAUUGAAUUAGAAUUAAUACAACAAUUUGAUUAUCAACCUGGUGAUUCUAUUAAAAUUGUGUGUGAAAACGAUGAAUAUGAGGUUGAUAUGUUAUUAAAACGUUUAGGAUGGACGAGUAUGGCAAAUAAUCUCGUGCAUAUUAUAAUUUCACCGGAUAAUACAAAAAAAUCAGCUAAACUACCAUCACAUAUACCGGAUUUAUGCACAUUAAAAUAUGCAUUUCUACAUUGUAUUGACAUUCGCUCAUGUUUGAGAAAGAAUAUAUUAAGAUUAUUAGUAGAAUUUACAUCUGAUUGUGAUGAAAGACGUCGUCUUGAAGAAUUAUGCAGUAAAGAAGGUAGUGAUGAUUACAUAAAAUAUAUGUUAGACACUAAUUUAUCAUUGUUGGAUGUUUUAAAUCACUUUAAAACUUGUCAACCUGAUUUACAAACAUUAAUUGAAUUUUUACCACCACUAAUAUCACGAUUUUACUCUAUAUGCAAUUCACCAUUACACGAUAUACCACACAUUUAUUUUGUAUAUAGUUUAUUUAAUUUUGAUAUAAAAGAUGGACGAACAUAUGAUCGUCAUGGAGUUUGUACGAGUUGGCUCAGUAAUCUUUCCAUUGGAUCUAAUAUUUCUAUACAAAAUCGAAUUAAUCAAAAUUUUCGUUUACCAUCAUCAUUAGAUAUUCCGUUAAUUAUGAUUGGUCCCGGAACAGGAGUGGCACCUUUUAUUGGCUUUCUACAACAUAUAGAUCAAAUUAAAACGUAUCAACACGCAAAUAUAUUAAAAUAUCUUUUUGUUGCCGCAUCAAGAGAAGAAGAUUAUGAGUAUCGGUACGUUCAAGAUCAUAUACGAGCAAAUGGAAAAGAACUAUCACGUUUGAUUUAUGACUGUCAUGCCCUAAUUUAUGUGUGUGGUGAUAUCAAGCAGAUGUCACGCGAUGUUCGCAAUACGAUUGGGCAAAUAUUAAAAGAGCAUAGUGAUAUUGAAAAUAUUGAUGAUUACAUGAAAACCCUUGAUACAUCUCAACGAUAUUUACAAGAUAUAUGGAGUUAA